AUGAAUAAAUCGAUGUUUUCAAUAUUAUUUUAUCAUCUUAAUCGGCAAUAUAGAAAUAUUUCCAAUACACUCAUCGGAAAUUAUUUUGAACCACAUAGAGAUCUAGUUUUGGUUACUGGUGGUGCAAGUGGUCUCGGGAGAGAAAUAGUUAAAAAGCUUGUCACUAAAAGAGCAAAGGUGGUCGUACUUGACAUCAAGAUUCCAGAAGAACUGGAAAAAGUUGGAACAGUUAAUUAUUACAAAUGCGAUGUGAGUGAUCGAAGACAGAUUAUUUGUUGCCAGAAAAAGAUUAAGCAGGAUGUUGGGAAUGUGACAAUCUUGAUUAACAAUGCUGGAAUUACUACUGGAAAAACUCUAUUAGACUUAAGUUACGAUGAGAUUGAAAGAACUAUUCAAAUCAAUUUAAUGUCUAGCUUCUACACGAUAAAAACUUUCCUACCAGAUAUGUUACUCAUGCAAAGAGGCUAUAUAGUCACUAUUGCUUCAGUCUUGGGGUACAUGUCUCCAGCUCGUCUAAGUGCAUAUGGUGCAUCGAAAUCUGGACUAAUUGCACUACACGAAUCAUUGACAUACGAGUUGGGUCCGCCGUCCAUAAAUCCUAAAGGGAUUAAAACUCUAUUAAUAUGUCCAGGCCAAUUGAAAACAGGUAUGUUCGAUGGUGUUAAAACUCCCUCCAGUAUUCUUGCACCCGAGUUGGAUCCCAAAUAUGUUGCAGAUAAUGUUAUUUCAGCAAUAGAAUUAGGCAGGCGAGGCGAAAUUAAAAUACCUUUCUAUGGAAACUUCUUGCCCAUUUUCAGAGCUGUACCCUGGCCAAUUGUUGAAGCAGCCAGAUACUACUCGGGUAUAGACAAAAGCAUGCAAACAUUCAAGAAUACGGUGCUGACAAUUAGUCGAGUUGCCAGUAAAGCUAAUUCAAUCAAGUCCAAAAAUAGUUCUGGUAUUUCAAUUAAAAACUCUUCUUCAGUUUCAUAA